AACCCAUUUCAACUGCCUAUUCAGAGCAUGCAGUAAGAGGAAAUCCACCAAGUCUCAAUAUAAUAAUAUUCUUUACUCCUGGACAGCUCGGUUAAUGAAAAAAUGGACACGGAAAGUAAUAGGAGAGCAAAUCUUGCUCUCCCACAAGAGCCUUCCAGUGUGCCUGUAUUUGAAGUCUUGGAAAUAUCUCCCCAGGAAGUAUCUUCAGGCAGACUAUUGAAGUCGGCCUCAUCCCCACCACAGCAUACAUGGCUGAGAGUUUUGAAAAAAGAGCAGGAGUUCCUGGGGGUAACACAAAUUCUGACUGCUAUGAUAUGCCUUUGUUUUGGAACAGUUGUCUGCUCUGUACUUGAUAUUUCACACAUUGAGGGAGACAUUUUUUCAUCAUUUAAAGUAGGUUAUCCAUUCUGGGGAGCCAUAUUUUUUUCUAUUUCUGGAAUUUUGUCAAUUAUAUCUGAAAGGAGAAAUGCAACAUACCUGGUGAGAGGAAGCCUGGGAGCAAACACUGCCAGCAGCAUAGCUGGGGGAAUGGGAAUUACCAUCCUGAUCAUCAACCUGAAGAAGAGCUUAGCCUAUAUCCACAUCCACAGUUGCCAGAAACUUUUUGAGACCAAGUGCUUUAUGGCUUCCUUUUCCACUGAAAUUGUAGUGAUGAUGCUGUUUCUCACCAUUCUGGGACUUGGUAGUGCUGUGUCACUCACAAUCUAUGGAGCUGGGGAAGAACUCAAAGGAAACAAGGUUCCAGAGGAUCGUGUUUAUGAAGAAUUAAACAUAUAUUCAGCUACUUACAGUGAGUUGGAAGACCCAGGGGAAAUGUCUCCUCCCAUUGAUUUAUAAGAAUCACGUGUCCAGAACACUCUGAUUCACAGCCAAGGAUCCAGAAGGCCAAGGUCUUGUUAAGGGGCUACUGGAAAAAUUUCUAUUCUCUCCACAGCCUGCUGGUUUUACAUUAGAUUUAUUUGCCUGAUAAGAAUAUUUUGUUUUUGCUGCUUCUGUUCACCUUAAUAUUCUCCUUCUAUUUGUAGAUAUGAUAGACUCCUAUUUUUCUUGUUUUAUAUUAUGACCACACACAUCUCUGCUGGAAAGUCAACAUGUAGUAAGCAAGAUUUAACUGUUUGAUUAUAACUGUGCAAAUACAGAAAAAAAGAAGGCUGGCUGAAAGUUGAGUUAAACUUUGACAGUUUGAUAAUAUUUGGUUCUCAGGGUUUUUUUUUUUUUUUUUUAGCAUUCUUAAUAGUUACAGUUGGGCAUGAUUUGUACCAUCCACCCAUACCCACACAGUCACACAUACAUAUGUAUUACUUACACUAUAUAUAACUUCCUAUGCAAAUAUUUUACCACCAGUCAAUAAUACAUUUUUGCCAAGACAUGAAGUUUUAUAAAGAUCUGUAUAAUUGCCUGAAUCACCAGCACAUUCACUGACAUGAUAUUAUUUGCAGAUUGACAAGUAGGAAGUGGCGAAUUUUAUUAAGUUACUCGUUGUCUGGGGAGGUAGAUAGGUAAAAACAGGGAAAUUAUAAGUGGGGAGAUUAACAUUUCACAAAUGUUUAGUGAAACAUUUGUGAAAAAAGAAGACUAAAUUAAGACCUGAGCUGAAAUAAAGUGAGUGGAAAUGGAAAUAAUGGUUAUAUCUAAAACAUGUAGAAAAAGAGUAACUGGUAGAUUUUGUUAACAAAUUAAAGAAUAAAGUUAAACAAGCAACUGGUUGACUAAUACAUUAAGUGUCUGAGUCUAAGAUGAAAGGAGAGGAGAGCACUGGUUAUUGUUGAAAAAAUGAUAAAAAGGGUCGGGCGCGGAGGCUCACGCCUGUAAUCCCAGCACUUUGGGAGGCCGAGGUGGGCAGAUCACGAAGUCAGUAGUUUGAGACCAGCCUGGCCAACAUAGUGAAACCCCGUCUCUACUAAAAAUACAAAAAAAAAUUAGCUGGGUGUGGUGGCAGUCACCUGUAGUCCCAGCUACUUGGGAGGCUGAGGCAGGAGAAUCGCUUGAACCUGGGAGGCGGAGGUUGCAGUGAGCCGAGAUCGCACCAGUGCACUCCAGCCUUGGUGACAAUGGGAGACUCCAUCUCAAAAAAAAAAAAAAAAAAAAAAAAAAAGAUAAAAAG